UUCAAACAUACAACCUAGAGCAAUCCGUCUCAAUUUACCAUUUUUCACUGUGCAAGUAAGUAUCUUCAGAUAUAGUAUGUAUGUGUAUAUUAUUACUUGGUCCGUGAUGGCUAAAAUCAUGCGGGGAACACUAACCGCCAAUCCCACUUCCAUCCAUCCUUGUUAACCCACCACCACCAAGCCACCUGCUGGUCAACCGCCAGACCAAGAAAAAAGAACAAACAAUGCACCAAGAGCCAACUUUGCCAUUGUCCCCCGACCCCCCCAGCUACCGAUCCCUCCCAAUCCUCCUCACCUACCUCUCCAUCUGCGGCACCCUAGCAGCCCAGAAAUGCAUCGCCAUCUACCACGGCUACCGCCACCAGCAGCAGCAGCAGCAGCAGCAGCAACGAGGAAAUAGCCAGCGCCAAUGGCCCUCCCGCAAACGCAAAUUCGCUGUCUUCUGCCUCCUGGCUCUCCUGAGUCUCGGCACAACCUGGUAUCACAUGUUCUGCUUUUUCGGACACUCGUACCGAUCCUGGGCUGGUGGUGAUGAUGCAGCAGCAGCAGCGUUGACGCGGGGUUAUUAUUCCCUGCCGCGGAGGUGGGAGCUCUGGUUACGGGAUCGGAAGCUCUUCCGGGAAGCUUGGGAGAGUGUUUCUGAGAGUCCGGAGAGGGUCUGGUGGAGUGGGCAGAUCUUUUUGUUUACGGUGGGGUGGAGUUUGGUUUUGGGGGUUGUGGGACGGAAAUAUCGUAUCCCGCAUGUAUGGAGUUUCAUGCUCAUCGGCCAGAUUGUGGCUAUAUCUUUUGCUCAGAACUUGUUUACUCUCACCGUGCUUGUGUCGGAAUCCUCGGGGAAGCGCGAUUCGAGUCGAAAUGCGGGCAACAGCGACAGCGACAGCGACAAGGACGAGCACGAGGAAGAAACUAUCUGGACCCCCCCUGGUCUCCUAGAACUCACCCCGAUUGUACUCUCGCUCGCCAGCGCGGCGGUCGUCCCCUCCGUGGCGCACACGCCACUUUUCAUGCCGGUAUUGCUUGUGCCGCAUUUCCUGCUGUUCGUCCCGACUUUGCUUUCGCGGUCGGGUCUGGCGGGACUUGGGUCCUACCGCGGCGUGGGACGGUAUAGGAGGCUCUUUUGGUGGAUUGGCGCUGCGGCGGUCGGGAUCCAGGCGCGGUCAACUUUCUUGCUUCUUUCGGAGGAGCAGCGGGGGGUGGUUCCGGUUGUGAAGCGGUUGCUUGCGACGAUGGGUGAGCAUCCGGCUGUGAGUAGUGUGGGAUGGGAUGUGGUGUUUUGUUCUGUAGGGUUGGUGGUUAGUAUUUUACUUGGGCCGUAUGAUUUGUAAACGUUGUCUGGACAUAACUAUACCUAUACCUGCAUAUAUACAUACAUACAUACAUAUAUAUAUAUUCAC